CUCAGCUAUGCAGCUGCAAACACUCUUGCACUGGCUGGACUGCCUUGAGACCUUCCUCUUGUGUUGUAAAACCAGCAAGAAACAAGGACUGAACUACUCUGAGUUCUCCCGUUUCCUGUGAAGGACAACAAAGUCAUCCAGCUUUAGAAACAUCCUCAGAACAAACCAACGAAAGACCUAGGCUGUGGUGUCCAGCCGAGAGUCUUACCCAGUCUCACCAGGGGAGUGUUUAUAAGUGAAGAUGAAUGGUGAAAUUCUCUUCUUGUCCCUCCUUGGCUUCCUCCCACUUGUGAUACCCACAUGCCCUGUGCCAUGCAAGUGUGCCACCAACAUUAUUGACUGCACAUCAAAAGACCUCACUGUAGCAAAACUACCAGUUGCAUUCCGUCCCUCAGCUGAAGUUAUCCACCUGGGUUACAACAAGCUCACCUCUAUUCCCAAUGGGCUCUUUGACAACCUAAGGAGCCUCCAGGUAGUCUACCUGCAGGGCAACCCUUGGGAGUGUAACUGUGACAUCCUCUACUUGCGUUCCUGGCUCCAGUGGCAGCAGAACCGGACUUUAUACAGGGAUGUGAGAUGUACCUCCCCAGCUCACCUUCAGGACCGGGUCAUUGCCUAUCUGACAGAAGAUGAGAUCAUCUCCACAUGCCAGUACUGGUACUGCAGCCUGGCUCUCUUCUCUCAGCUCUGCCUCUUCAUUCUCCUUUUCCUCCAAGGUAUCUUGGUGAUCUUCAUCAUUGUCUAUUUGCAGAAAUUUCGGAGAAUGACAGCUGAAGCACGGAGCACCACCCAGGAUCCACACUAGCAUGUAGAUAUCUGGGUAUCUUCUUCAAGAAGUCCCUAAAACAGUGAUUAACAGCACAAGACUGAAGGCCCUUCUCCCUUUUGGGUGAUGCUGUGCUGAGGUCAGGUGGCUUGUGAUAUUCAGAGCGGCCAGUUCAGUGCAGCAUCUGAUCUGACUGCAGUCUGAAACAGGACUUGAACUAAUACACUUGCUGUAUUUCUAAAGUCUUGAUCUUGUGGUUUUUUAGUGCUUUAAAUUCUGUAGCAUGACCUCGAUUGCUUUGCAGAGCUGGGAGAGGUUCCAGUUUGGUAGACUAAGGAAAUCAUAAAUUGAACCAACCAGAAGUGACUCAAACUGCUCACAAGCUCAUAGGGUCUUACAGUCCUUGGUUCCUUCUAUAUGAAGAGUAUUUCUGCCAUACUUUCCAUGAUGUUUCUGGUUGUGUUGGGUCAGGUGAGGACAGAGGUGACAGUGAACACCUAAGGUACUAGCCUAGGACAGUGGAGAAAUAGUUUCCUUGGUGCUGCCACAGAUUGCUUUAGUAACUUUGAGUGCUUCUCCUUGCCUAGUGUGUCUUUUCCAGUGUUUGGGGGGAAGGGAGUGAAUGUUCAAAAGCCUACCCACUUCAUCCUAUCUUAAUUCCUUUAAAUCUACUUGUAGUUUAAUACUGACUUCCACCUAUACUGAGUCAGACUGGGACUCUGAAUGAUUAUGAGAAGUUCAACCUGAAGCCAAGAGUUGUGGAGUCCAGAGGCUUU